CUGCUGGUCUCUGGUGGUGAACGGUAGCACUGCGGGUCUUGAGGCCUGCAGCAGGGUGCCACCAGGUGUACAGCAGGGCGGAAACCUCUGGGUUCGUCUCAAUGUUAUUUUUUCCUUUUUGGAAGUUGAGUUCGGAGUAAACACCACCAGUAUUUAACCUCAUUCAAACCUAAUGUUACUAAUAUAAAUACUUUUUCUGGUAAGAGAUGGCCACCAGGAUGCUACAGCCUUACUCGUUUAAAAUAAAUCCCAAAGUAUCGGUCUGGGCUACCCUAAGAUUAAAGGACGCUUAAGAAGCAACAAGCGAUGAAAUAAUUUCAUAAUAUCGAACAGCAGUUUGCCACUUAGUAGUGUUUUAUUAAAUCAUUCAAGCAAACAGCUGAGAUAAAGCUGCAUUUACCUGCAGCUGCAGCUCUUUCUAAACAUUUAAUCACAACCAGGCCCCCACAAUCCUGGGAGUUUUAUGAAGCUGACACAGAAGUGGCAACGAUUGCAGUUCCACCCUCAUCCACUAGGGGCGGACAGCAGAAGUGAGCAAACCCUCAUUGACUUCCAAGUUAAAAAUGCCAAUUUCACAGCAGAAAUAAACAUGUUUACAGUCUGGUUCCUUUAUUUAGUUAUUUAUUUAUUAUUAAUUUAUUUAUUUUGUUUAGGUUUAAUAGAUCUAGUUUACCAGCAUGACAACUCUGAGGUGGAGCAACAGAGCCAUGUGACUUCAGAGCUGGGGCGUUUAAGGAACACCUGGACAUUUCUCUUUAGUAUAAGCUGUGAACGUGUAUUCUCCAAGUUUUAGUCUGGUAACUCCAGGUUUGUGGUGAAAUUUAUUAUCUUUUCAAUACUUUCAAAUAACAUUUCAGUGGUUUGUGGCCAGAAAUAUGCAUAUCUACGCUUGCAACAGAAUAAAUAUAUGUAAAAAUAAAAAAAGGUGAACUUUACAGUGGUCCUCAAUCUUGGUAUGAAAAAUGUGGAGCUUCACAAAAAGCAGAGAGCCCAACCACAAGCCCACCUGGUGUCAUUACACCUGCAGCUCAGGAAACAAGGACCAGGCAGGACUAAACCCAGUUAGCCAACUAAAGGAAUCUGAUCAGAUCUAAAUCUGGAUUACAAAAACCACAAAUAGACUUCAGGUUAUUGUGUUUUACAUGGUUCUUUUCUUUUUUUAUCUGUCCAUCUUUAGCUCAUGUAUAAUAAUUUAAAUUCCAUCUAUGGGUGGGCAAAUCAUGUCAUUCACAAUAUUAUCAGUCUUUUUUUUAUUUUAUUUAUCACGUUGAGGUAAUUUAAUGAUGUAAUUUCAUCCACUACACAAUUCAUGUGGAUCAUCGGCACAAAGUCUUAAAAGUUAUCAAAGCAGUCAUCUCAGGAAGUUUGGCCUCUCCUGGCUUUCGUACCUGUAACCUGGUUACGCGGGGGAGGGGCUCUGCACCUAAAGGGCUAAAUCACACCGGUGAAGCAGAAGCGGUGGGUUUAGACGUUAGGACGGCCGACUUUCCUGAGACGUGGAGGGAGUUGUGAGCGAGCCUGUGGCAGACGAAGGCGGAAAAAAGGCAGAAAAAGCUUUCGGGCUGAAGCCCCCUCGUAGUCGGCUGGUCACGCGGCUACACCGGAGAAAGGCCUCAGCCUGGUCCUCGGUCUCACGGAUCGCUGCUCGCUCUCUGAUCCAUCCUGCUCACACUCUCCGACAGAAAAGCCCCGAAUCUGAAUGUGACUCUGGAGGAAAAAAUGGUUAGCUCUACUCCGUGAACUCUGCUGUUAGCUAAACACGGCUAAAGAAAACCUGCUACCACUUCAGGAUCUGGGACUGAUUCAUCGUGUGUUCUUCACCACCUGGACCUGGACAGCAUGGACACAGAUGUUCAACAGGUGGUGCUGGUUAAAGAAGAAGCUCCUGAAGAACAGAGUGUUGGUGUGGACCAACAGGACCCAGAAUGUCUUCUCAUAAAGGAGGAACAGGAGGAGCUCUGGACCAGUCUGGAGGGAGAGCAUCUCUGUUUGAAGGAGGAGACUGAAGCUGUCGGGUUUCCUGUUACUGCUGUUUCUAUAAAGAGUGAGGAUGAUGAAGAGAAACCUCUGGUCUCACAGCUUCAUCAGCAACAAAUAGAAGACAGAGAUGUUCCAACCAGCAGCUCAGCUGACCAGAUGACAGCAGAAACUGGUGGAGGAGCAGGAACUAGCAGGAACCCAGAUCUGAACCCUCAUGAACAAACAUCUGAUUCUUCAGAGACUGAAGUUAGUGGAGAUGGUGAUGAUGAUGAUGGCCCUGGGUUUGAAACUGUAGACGGAGAUGAUGACUGGAACGAGAGCAGGUCUUCUGAGUCAGAUGUCAACAGAUCCUUUAGCUGCCCCGAGUGUGGUAAACAGUUUCUCCACAAGUGGUCUCUCCAGAAACAUGUGAGAGUGAAAGGUCAUUCAGCUGUAAGGUCUUCAGGCUGUUUGGUUAAUAAGAAAUGUGUUAGAGUGAAGCAACAUGUAGACUCGUGCAGGAAAGUCCAGAAAGAACAAAAAUCAUUUAGUUGUGACGACUGUGGAAAAAUGCUUGGAACCAAAUCUCAUUUAGCCGACCACAUGAGAGUCCACACAGGACAGAAGCCUUUUGUCUGUGAAUUCUGUGAGAAAAGAUUUAGCCGAAAGACAAAUUUAAACUUGCAUAGGAAAGACCACACAGGACAGAAGCCUUUCGUCUGUGAGCUCUGUGGACAAAAAUUUAGCCUAAAGGCAAUUUUUAACAGACACAUGAGAGUCCACACGGGACAGAAGCCUUUUGCCUGUGAACUCUGUGGACACAGAUUUAGCCAAGACACCCAUUUAAAAAGACACAUGGGUGUCCACACAGGACAGAAACCUUUUGCAUGUGAGCUCUGUGGACAAAGAUUUAGCCAUAAGGGAAGUGUAGACAGACACAUGAGAGUCCACACAGGACAGAAACCCUUUUCUUGUGAGCUCUGUGGACAACAGUUUAGCCAACAGUCAACUUUAACCAAACACAUCGUUGUCCACACAGGACAUAGGCCUUUUUCUUGUGAACUAUGUGGACAAAGAUUUAGCCUAAAGACAGGUUUAAACAGUCACAUGAAGGUUCACACGGGAAACAAACCGUUUGCUUGUGAGCUCUGUGGACGAGCAUUUAGCAGGAAGACACAUUUAAAUGGCCACAUGAAAGUCCACUUGAGACACAAAGAACUUGUUGAACCACAAGAAUACCAAAAGUGAUUUCUUGCCUUUGAACCACAUGCUGUUGUUCCCAAAUUGUAAAAUUUCACUAAAUUCCCAUUUCCACCAAGAGGCGGCAAAGUAUUUUUGGUUUACCCUGGGUAAUCAUUUAACUACGAGAGUACUAAAAGGGGAUCCUUGUCGUUUUCACAUCUUGUGUGUCAGUUUAUGGUAAAAAAUAAGUGACUCACCCGACCCAGCUGGGUAACAAACACCACUCCAGACAGGAGGAAGGUGACCAGUGUGCCAAGAGGAAGCCCCGGUGAAAAUCAAAGGAGGGUGUAAUCAUACCUGCAAACUAGGGCUGGGCAAUGAAUCAAAAAUGUAUCUUUAUCAACAUUUCUGACUCCUAUCGAGAUAAUUAUUUCCAUGUCAAUAAAUUUGAUGAAAAAAAAAGAAGAGAUUUGUGUAGGUUGGCAAAAUUCAUGUCCCUUUAAGAAGCAGUACCACCUUGAGUCACGUAAAAAUGUCACUCAACGUAACAUGCGACAGCCCCAUCUAGUGGACAACUUUUGUUUCUGCGCAUACCUGUAGUCAUCGUCCAUUUAUCGUUAUCGAGGUGAAAUCCUCAACAUAUCUUGAUAUUGAUUUUAGGCCAUAUCACCCUGCCCUACUGCAAACUUGUAGCUUUUCGAUGAAAAUCACACUUUUUGAAGUUGAAAGUGGAGUUCACGUGAAUCGUGUAGUUCUGAAGAGUUUGUUGGAGGGGGG